AAUAACGGCGUAUCCUCCAUUAGGCUGCAGUUAGAAUCUGACACGAGCUGGGAGCGCAGGGACUGAAAGAGCUGAACAGCGUGUUACCCUCUUCCUCAAGUGAUGGAAAAGACGGAGAUCUUUCUGUACAUCUUCCUCGUCUCUCACUACAUCUGGAACGUCGCCUUCAUCUCGUGGCUUUUCACCAGCGGGACGCCUUCGGAUCUCUCCAACUAUGGGUUGCCUAAUUGAAGUUGGGCCACCUGAUCCUGUUUGCGCCAGGACCAGCGAGCUACACUAGAGCGAGAGAAGUCGUUAUGAGCGGUUGUGUAAAAAAAUGCUGCAUUUCCUGCCCAGAGAACUGGUUUGAAAAGCAGAAUUUCAUCCUCAGGAUAGCACAUCUCUGCGUGAAAAGGACAUAACGGAUUCAAUCCCCCGCCUCCUGAAAUAACCCGCGAUAUGAUUUAGUAAUUAAGAGGAAAAGCUGUAGUUAGGAUAGAGAGUAUGCUUGUGUGACUGUUUUUUGUUGUUUUGUUUUUUGCUUCUUUUUUUUGCGCACAUACCAAUUGUGCACCGCAUUCUAGCCGCUCCGCUACCACAGACAGCAGGAUCUGGAGUCUCUGACAGGCAACAGGCCACACCAAUCACUGAAGGGUUUUUACAGAAAGCCUCGUCAAGUCUUUUAACUUUCACUACAACCGAGAGAGUUUUUAAAGCUGCACCAGUCCAGCAACAGUGAACCAUGGCUUUACCGGAUAGUGGCAUCUCUGGGGAGGAAGUACCCUUCCCAGAGAUCAUAGAGCUCAAUGUUGGCGGCCAGGUGUACAUCACCCGCUACUCUACCCUCACCAGUGUGCCGGACUCGCUGCUGUGGGAGAUGUUCAGUCAAAAGUCAGCCAAAGGACUGGCGAGGGACACCAAGGGUCGCUUCUUUGUGGACCGGGAUGGUUUCCUGUUCCGUUACAUCCUGGACUACAUGCGGGACCAGCAGCUGGUUCUUCCGGACCACUUUCCCGAGCGCGGCCGUCUGCAGAGGGAGGCCGAGUUCUUCAACCUGCCGGAGCUGGUCAAGCUGCUGGCACCCAAAAUCAGCAAGCAGAACUCCCUGGGUGACGAGGGAUGCCAGAGUGACCCAGAGGACUCCUCACCUGGGAUUGACUCGGCCCGUAACCUCAGCUCUCUGGGUGCCGCUGCUGCUGCCUGUGCCAGCCUGGUGCCCGGCGCCAUGGACAGCAAGCGGUCUGGGUUCAUCACCAUCGGCUACCGAGGCUCGUACACCCUGGGCCGUGACAGCCACACCGACGCCAAGUUCCGCCGGGUGGCACGGAUCAUGGUGUGCGGGAAGACCUCCCUGGCCAAAGAGGUGUUUGGGGAGACGCUGAACGAGAGCCGUGACCCCGACCGCCCCCCUGAGCGCUACACGUCCCGCUACUAUCUCAAGUUCACCUUUCUGGAGCAGGCUUUUGACAAGCUGGCAGAUGCGGGCUUUCACAUGGUGGCCUGUAACUCCACAGGAACCUGCGCCUUUGCCCAUGAGCAGACGGACGACAAAAUCUGGACCAGCUACACUGAAUAUGUGUUCUACCGUAGUUCAUCAGCUAAUUCCAAGGCAGUGACCUCUGACCUCCCAGCUCUGAUCGACACGGUGACGUCUAAGCCUGCUGCCGCUCGAACUGAAUCAGCCACAGUGGAAUCCAGCAGCACCGGCAGAACUCAAAGCCUUCCAGAAACCGGCUGCAGCUCGAUGCUGGAGCCACAAAACCCCUCAGCUCUGGACUCUCCUCCUCCUCUGACACCUCCUCCACCUCCUCCUCCCACCACAGACACCUCAGACCUUCCACUUCCCUCACCUCCGGUCCUUCCUCCACUUCUGCCGUCGUCCAAACCGUCCUCCACCUCCAGUCCUCCUGCUACCCCGACACCACCCCCUGCUGAGAGCCCCCUGCGUCCCACCACCCUCAACCUGAAGACGCUGCCGCGGCCCUCCGUCAGGGAGAACGGCGGCCCUCCGCCCGGGGUGGACGAGGAGGAGGAGGAGAGGAAGAUGCUGGAGGAGGAUCUGAAGAAAUGCAUCGACGACUUCAAAAAGAUCCGCUUGCCCAGAGUGUUUCCAGAUCGUAAGAGGCACUGGCAAAGUGACUUGCUCAAGAAGUACAAUGCAUAGCGAGCUUUGCUGCUUUGCUGUGGCACCGUGGUGAACAAACUUGACAAGGAAUUUGACACAAUGAUGAGAGCAUGCUGUGAACAGUGGACUCAGGCUCUAUCCUCUCAUUGCUCUGAUUCAUGCUGUGUGAACAGUGUCAGCCAGUUUACUUAAACCUCUGAUGUAGCAGCUUCUUUUGCAUGUCAACAGAAAUGAGUUGUUUGAUUAGUGUUCAGGCUGAGCUAGUCUAGCAAUCACAGGUACACCUUCAAACACCAUGCCUGUAGAACACAGCUUACCCUGUAGAGGAUAUUAGUUCUACAACUUUGGAACAUUAAAAAAUAUUUUCUUUUCGCUCAGUCAAAGGACAAUAUAGAUAAUGUCGUUAAUUACAGAUUUCUGCCCUUCUCUCUGUACCGUGUCUGUUGAUCAAGCAGCUGGAAAAGUGUGAAUCUUUAGACGUUCGACCGUAAUGAUGCAAAAAUAAAAGAACGAAGUGAAAUCUCCAGUGCUAAUCAUCUAAAAUAUCUCACCUCAUCAAUAUUAACCAUACGACUUCAAAGCCUUUCCACUCCUCUCUGCCUCCGAUUCUGAAGCUCUGCAGUUUGGCUCCUUUUGUGAUUACAUUAUCUUCAAUGGAAAGAAUUCAGAAAGAGAAUGCAGUGUACCAGGAAGCGGAGCGGGUAAUUACAGGCGGCCACAAUGUGGAAUAAUAAUGACAAUAAUGACUACAUGAACCAAUGCACGUUACCAUUUGUUCUUCUAUUCAUGCUGCAUAAAACGUUCACCCAGCUUCACUAAUGAAUUACCAGGUGUGUGUGUAGCUUGUUCUAGUCUUCAUUAGAGGAUAAAUGUGAUAAAUUACAAUAAAAUGAUAAGAUUUGAGCUAUUUAGCUAAUUCUCAACAUCACAGUAUUCAUUCCUUUGAAGAAAUAUUGACAUUUUGCUCGAAUCCUAUUCCUUCAAACUGAGAGGAGUUAGGUGGUUAACUUGGCCUAAAUGGGACUAGAACUGCGUUGCUGGUCUGGAAACAUUAAAGCAUCAUAACAGAGGUUCAAAAUGACUGCAUACGAAUCAUAAUCAACAGGGAAAAUAAGUAUCAAAAUCUAAUUUUACAUAGUUCACAUAUUUAUUGAGAGACAAUUUUUUGACACCAAAUAUGUUGUUUUAAGUUGUGUGAUGGACUGAGCUACAAAGCACAAAAAGUACAAAACAAUACAACUGGCAUACUUAAUCAAAAGAAGAAUACUAAACAAACUCAAAAUAUAUCAAACUAUCCAACACAAAUGACUAAAGUAAUAUUUAAGUCAAAUAACCCCCUCUUACUGAAAAUGAUGGUGUUUUUUAUGUGCUAGAAGACACAUCGUAAACGAAAGAAGCGUCCGGUAUCAUGACUGAGCAAAUCCAGUGUAACAAACCAGAGGAAUCAAAAUCAGUUUCCAGUCCAAACAUGUGUGACCGAAUGACUCCAAUAUUGCAUUUUGUCAUUGUGCCUUGUCAUUUUGAGGUGUUGGAGUUGAAGGUGAGCUGGUAUGCUCGAGCUGCAGUGACUGGAGAGUGUUGGAUGUAGAUGGAGGCAGGACCGUUAUAGAUGUGCACAUUCUAGAGAAAGUGAUGGUGUAGAGUUACAUCUCAGGCAUUUUAAGGAAGAAAUCAGUUGUUUUCAUUUAAUACACAUCUAAAUAUGCAACUUUUACAUGCAGAAAAGGGUUUUAAGGGUUUAAUCAAUGACCAGAGAGGAAUUUCCAGUGAAAGAUUUCCUCACAACAUGCCUGAUGGGCUGAAAACACAUCAAGUUACAAGAGAAGUGUGAUCCAUACUCCACUACCCUAAAAUGGACAGCAUCGCUACAGACAUGAUGAGCUUACAGACCGCAAUGCCUUGCUAGAGAUUAAACUUCCCAGCAGUAUAUAAAGUAGUUCAAAAGAGCUAAACCCUGAGCACAUACAGCAGAAAUGAACAUAGACAUUAAUACAGCUGGAAUAUUUCUGCAAAAUUAUCAUGUAUAAUUAAACACCACCAAUGGUGCAACACAGCCUAAGUACAUUUACUCAGGCACUAUACUUACCAACAAAUAUGAGGUACUUUACUACUUUCAUGUUAUGGAGUCGGCUGCACAGUGGCUCGGUGGUUAGCACUGUUGACUCACAGCUAUAACAUCCUCGGUUCAAGUCCCGGCCUGAGUCUGGGAUCUUUCUGUGUGGAGUUUGCAUGUGUGGGUUUUCUCUGGGUACUCUGGCUUCCUCCCACAGUCAAAAAACUGUUAGUUGGUGAUUUUAAAUUGUCCAUCAGUGUGAUUAUUUCUGUCUCUGUGUAGCCCUGUGAUAGACUGUUACCUGUCCAGGUGAACCUGUGAUAGACUGUUACCUGUCCAGGUGAACCUGUGAUAGACUGUUACCUGUCCAGGUGAACCUGUGAUAGACUGUUACCUGUCCAGGUGAACCUGUGAUAGACUGUUACCUGUCCAGGUGAACCUGUGAUAGACUGUUACCUGUCCAGGUGAAGUUGUGAUAGGCUGUUACCUGUCCAGGUGUCCCCUGCCUUCACCCUCAGUCAGCUGGGAUAGACUCCAGCCCCCUGUGACCCUGAUGAGGGUGAAGAGGUGUAUAGAUGAUGAAUGGAUGGAUGUUUAUCUGACAGCUGUGGUUACUAGCUGCAUUUUUCAGAUUCAUAUUUUUCAUCCCCUUCUUGUCCAGUCAAAGCCAUGUAUCUAAAAAUGUGUUAAAUCUGAAUGUGACUGUUUGUGAUUAAUUGCUGGAUUUAGUGUUCCUCUGUGGGUUGAGAACAGUCUUCUAUUCCUUAAGCUAAAUAAACUAUUCAAUAACC